AAUCAGAACACCAUGUCUUCUAUCAAGUCCCUCGCCCUCCUGGCUCUGGCCACCGGUUUCGCUAGCGUAGUCAACGCAGCAGAGACUGGCAAGACUACCCGCUACUGGGACUGCUGCAAGGGCUCCUGUGCCUGGCCUGGAAAGGCUGAUGUCUCUGCCCCCAUCACCACUUGCGACAAGAACGACAACCCCUUGACCGACGCCAACACCGCCUCCGCCUGUAAUGGUGGCUCCGCAUACAUGUGCUCUGACCAAUCCCCUUGGGCUGUUUCCGACACCUUGGCCUACGGGUUCGCCGCCGCAAACAUUGCCGGUGGCUCCGAAGAGAGCUGGUGCUGCUCUUGCUACAAGCUCACCUUUACCACCACCUCCAUCGCCGGCAAGACCAUGAUCGUGCAAGCCACAAACACCGGUGGCGACCUCGGUAGCAACCAAUUCGACCUCGCCAUCCCCGGUGGCGGCGUAGGCAUCUUCAACGCCUGCACCGAUCAAUGGAAUGCUCCCUCUUCCGGUUGGGGAGCCCAAUAUGGCGGCAUCAGCACAAACACAUGCAGCGCUUUCCCCAAAGCCUUGCAACCUGGCUGUGGCUUCCGCUUUGACUGGUUCGAGAAUGCUGACAACCCCGAGAUGGAGUUUGAGCGUGUUGAAUGCCCUGCUGCUAUUACUGCAAAGAGUGGAUGUAAGAGAACCGAUGAUGGUACCCAGGCUUUCCCUUCUAUUGUUGCUGCGGCCGCUGCUUCGUCGUCGGCUUCGCCUGUUGCGGCUUCGUCUUCGUCUUCUGCUGCUGCCCAGAAGGUUGCUGUUGCUUCGUCGUCGGCUGAGGCUGUUUCUGUCGCUUCUUCUGCUUCUGAGGUUGCUCCUGCUGCUUACUCUACUUCCGAGGCUGCUCCCAUCGCUUCUUCUCAAGCCGCUGUCUCGAACACCUACACCGCUCCUGCUGUUGAGUCAUCUGCUGUCGUCGAGUCGUCCGUUGCUGUCCAGUCAUCCGCUGCCGCCUACUCGCCCUCCUCCGCCGCUGUCGUCGAGACUUACAGCACUGCAAGCUCAUCAACCACUACACCUUCAUCUUCCCCCAGCUCAGACGAUGCAAACUGCAACGUCCAGUACGUCUACGAGUACGACCUGUAG